AAGAUAUUCUUCAUUUAUCAAAUAUUGUUGAGGAAAUAGGUAAUAGUAAUUGUAAAAUCACUGAAGAGAUGUGUACAGGUUAUGUAGAACAAAAAAAUUCACUUUAUUAUUCUUUACCAAAUGCUCAAAAUUUAUUAGCAAGUAUGUUAGGACUUAUUGCUGAAGUAAAAAUGAAAGUUAUAGAAGAUUUAUGA